UUUUACACAAAAAAGUAGCGUAAAAUUACUCGCUUCCCGUUUGGGUGUAAUUUAGUUUCCCCCCAUUUUAGGCCCCCCGGUGCGUGCGUGUUUUUAAGCUUGUAGUUUACGCAUUCCUUUCGGAACCUUCUUCCUUCGGAUGACCAUCUGCGAGAGCCGCAAGAUUUCGUAGUGGGAAGAAUAUUGCACCAACACGCAAAGCAACUGUGCCACCGGGACAUAACUGUGUAGGAACCGCCGCGCACGAACAGCAGUGGCCCAACACUCGCUAGACUGCGAUAUGGCUGAAACGGUGACGGAUGCACCCUCGGAACCAGCCCAUCCGGGGAUGAGCCUGCAGGAAGGCACGGAUGCUGGGAUGCUUGGAGCGGCCGGCACAACAAACACCAUCAUCACCAGUACCACCACCACAAAACAAUACAAAAAUGGACUGAAACUGGCGAAGCAGAUACUCUCCAACCCGAAGUUCACCGAGCAUGGCGAAACGCUCGCCAUGAAGGGUUUGACGCUCAACUGUCUCGGCCGGAAGGACGAAGCGUACGAUCACGUUCGCUGCGGGCUGCGGAACGAUCUGAAGUCGCACGUGUGCUGGCACGUGUACGGGCUGCCGCAGCGGUCGGACAAGAAGUACGACGAAGCGAUCAAGUGCUACCGGAACGCGCUCAAGUGGGAGAAGGACAACAUUCAGAUCCUGCGCGAUCUGUCGCUGCUGCAGAUACAGAUGCGCGACCUGGAGGGGUACCGGGAAACGCGGCACCAGCUGUUCAAGCUGCGGCCGUCCCAGCACGCCAGCUGGAUUGGCUUUGCGAUGAGUUACCAUCUGCUCGGGGACUACGAGACCGCGAUGAACAUACUGGAGACGUUCCUUUCCUCCCAGACGAUGGACACGUUCGACUACAAGCAUAGCGAGCUGCUGCUGUACCAGAACAGCGUCAUCCAGGAGGCCGGCCAGCACGAGCAGGCGCUGCAGCACCUGAAGAACUGCGGGGCGCAGAUACUGGACAAGUUGGCCGUGCAGGAAUCGAUGGGCGCACUGUGCCUUAAGCUGGGCCGUCACGAGGAAGCGGAAACCAUCUUCAAAGCGCUGAUCGACCGCAACCCGGACAACACGGAGUACUACCGCCGGCUGAUGGAGGCGCGCCAGCUGAGCGAACCGGCCGAGCUGAUCGAGGCGUACCGGGCGAUGCAGGGCGAGUAUCCGCAAUCGUUCUGCGCCCGGCGGCUGCCGCUCGACAUCGCCACCGGCGACACGUUCCGGACGCUAGUGGACGAGCACCUGAGACGCAACCUGCGGAAAGGCGUGCCGCCACUGUUCGUCAACCUGCGCUCUCUGUACCGCGAUGCGGAGAAGGUGAAGAUCAUCGGCAAGCUGGUGGAGUGCUACUAUCAGAAUUUAAUGAGCAGCGGGUACUUUUCGGCGGAGGAUGCCGCCAACCCGGACGUGCGGAAGGAGCCCGCCUCGGCGCUCCUGUGGACGAUGUACUACCUCGCACAGCACUACGACCAUUUGCGCGAGUCGGAAAAGGCGCUCGACUUUAUCAAUGCCGCCAUCGAGCACACGCCCACGCUGAUCGAGCUGUUCGUGACCAAGGGCCGGAUCUACAAGCAUGCGGGCGACGUGCUGGAGGCGGUGAAGUGGCUGGACGAGGCACAGAGUCUUGACACGGCCGAUCGGUACAUCAACUCGAAGUGCGCCAAGUAUAUGCUACGUGCCAACCAGAUCAAGGAGGCGGAAGAGAUAUGCGCCAAGUUUACGCGCGAGGGUGUAUCGGCGAUGGAAAAUCUCAACGAAAUGCAGUGCAUGUGGUUCCAGACCGAGUGUGCGCUCGGCUACCAGCGGCUGGAGAAGUGGGGCGACGCGCUGAAAAAGUGUCACGAGAUCGACCGGCACUUUGCCGAGAUCAUCGAGGAUCAGUUCGAUUUCCAUACGUACUGGAAUGCGAUGACGCUGCGCUCGUACGUGGGCUUGUUGCGGCUGGAGGACGUUUUGCGAAGACACCCGUUCUACUUCAAGGCGGCCAAGUGUGCGAUCGAGGUUUAUUUGCGCCUCUUCGAUAAACCGUUGGCCGCGGAAUCAGCCGUCGAAGAGCUAGAUAUAGAAAACUUGCCAGCACCAGAGUUGAAGAAGCUGCGUAACAAGCAGAGAAAAGCACAGAAAAAGAAGGCCGAACAGGAGAAUGCUCAAUCGAAGGAGAACCAGAAGAAGGAGCAGCAUAACAAGAAGCAGCUUUACCAGGACGGUGACCCAGAGGCACUCCAGCUGGACGAUCUAAUACCGGAAAAGCUGGCCCGCCCGGACGACCCGCUCGAGAAGGCGAUAGAGUUUCUGAAGCCACUGCAACUGCUGGCCAAAGACAACAUCGAGACGCAUCUGAUGGCGUUCGAGAUUUACCUGCGCCGCAACAAGCUGCUGCUGAUGUUACAGUCGCUGAAGCGUGCACGAAAGAUUGACGCCACCAAUGCCAUCCUGCACAGCUGCAUCGUGCGGUUCUACCGGGUGCUGGAGCAGCGUCUCGCAUCGACCGCCGACACUGCCGACGUCGACCCAAGCGUGCGCAUUGUGAUCGACCGCGAGCGGGAAAAUCUGUUCCACGGCGAGCCGAACGCAACCGCACUGAACGAUGCUUAUCUGAAAGCGAACCGCGACGACUGCGAUGCCGUGUACGAGGUCGCUAAGAUAAUGUACACGCUGGACGAGAAGCGGCGGGACGAAGCGAUCGCUCUGCUGACCGGUUCGGUUCAGAGCAAGAAAAUUCCGCUCGAAAAAGCGACCAAGAUAUUCCUGCUGCUCAAAGCUGGCUACUUUGGCCAGUGCGACGAACAGCUGGCUGCGUUCAAGAAGCUCUGCCAGCAGCGGUACCCACUGGCGGUGGUGUUUGCCGAUGUGACGGCCGCCCCCGUCACCACACUGACAACGACCCAAUCGUCCAAUGCGGAAAACACCCAGACGACGGUUACGGACAGUGGCAGCAACUGCUGCGUAAUGACCGCCAGCGAACAGCAGCCAACGCCCGGCAAGCAGCAGCCUGGCAGCAAGCCUUCGAAAAAGCAGAAAAAUGGACCGGAAAUUAAAGCGAACUAACAAUUAUUUCUACCCAGCAGCCAUCCAGAAUACUAUCAAAUGCCGACGCAGUGGUGAUGUGUGCGUGUGUAGCGGUUCGGUAUCCGCUCCGCGCUGUGUCCGCUCGUCAUAUUGUCGCGGAAGAAUGCGAUGAUUGGGUGAAACGACGCUCUGAUCAUUUACAUCAUUUUUGUCCUUCAUCCAUGGUUCCCGAAACCUUAGCCACCCCCCUUCAGGGUCGUCCCCCACACACGGUGAACAGUGCUUUGAACAGUAGGACCAUUGGCUUGGGGUCGGAGUAGGGGAGAGUGAGACACCAAACUACUCAGCACCAUCCACAAUCCUCAAAAUGCAAUAGAGAGAUGCUUGUGGGCAAUUUUACUUUCUUCGCCGUACCGCGCAUAUUGUGUCCUUCUUUCGUUUGAUUGUGAAAAUGAAACUAAAAUAGAGAGAAAAAAAUAGAAACGCAAUAGUCGAACAAAAAUA